AUGUUAAAUGUGUCGACAACCAACCAGGAGAAGAAAGCUACAAUACGUAAAAAGCAGGGACGUGGAAUUGGUGAGACACAUAUGGUGCAUGAUGUGCCUUAUAGGUCAAGGUCAGCUCCAACACCAGCAGCAGCAACACCAAUACCACCACAACGAGCAGCACCAACACCACCAAUACCACCGCAACCAGCAGCACCAACACCACCAAUACCACCGCAACCAGCAGCACCAACACCACCAGCAACCCCAACACCUCCACCGACAACAACGAAAACACCUCCACCGACAACAACAAAAACACCUCCACCGACAACAACAAAAGCACCUCCACCGACAACAACGAAAACACCUCCACCGACAACAACGAAAACACCUCCACCGACAACAACGAAAACACCUCCACUGUCAACAACGAAAACAACAACAAAGGCAACAAAAAUUGCAACAACAACAACAAACACCCCAACAACAGCGAAAACUACUCAAACAACACCAACUCCUCCAAACAACUCGAGAUAG